AACCAAACCAAGAUUCAGAAGUCGCGGGUCCUCCGACUGUUGUUUCUUGUGCCCCAUUUCUUUUCUUUUUUUUUAGAUUUUAAUUGUUUAGGCAUUUCCGGACCAUCUCUUCUGCAAGGUAAAUGGAGCAUUAAGUGCACUCUUCAGAUGAAUCCUCAGGCUGGUUGACAGGUUGGUCAAUUUUAAAUGGCGGAACAUUUCUCACAGGAGGAAGGUAAGAGCAAUGAAAUAGUCUCUUGGCACCAUUCUUGCAUGUGAGGUCCUGUCGUUCUGGUGCGAAUUCAUAUUUCGGUUUUCUUUGUCUGUUAGUAGCCUACCUUCAGAGUUCUGGUUUGCGUCUUCUUUUAACAGAGACAACCUCUGUUCAGGGUAGAUCCGGGUUUGGCUUUGAAGGAAAGAGAGAUGAGUCUUGUUAAUUUCCUUGAAGUCCAACUCGGGCAUGUUCAAGCUUCAGCUUUUGUUUGGGAGAAUCUAUGGCUUGACCUCUAGAUUAGUGAGAAGCAAGCUUUCAUAGUGCCAGCUUGCCUUCAAUUCUCCGUCCUGAAUUUUCUUCCAACUGUAUCAUUUUAGCCAGGCCUUCUUGGUCAAUUCCCUUCCAAAAGUAGCAACAGUGAUGUCUAACAAGUGCUACUGUUUGUUCCUGUAGAGUUCCUAUUCUGUCUGAUGAGUAGACAAGGAUUUUGUAACUGUAGUUUGAGUCUUGAAGCAGCAGAGCAAAAGGCCGGACGUUCGUUAUUAGUUGCUCUGUUAUUUCAGAGGCCGAAAAGGAGUUCGGUAGUGUAGCUGUGAAACUGCACAGCCCGAUAGCAGGAAGCUUCUGCUUUGGAUGAAAAGAAGCUCCAUGGUAGGUGUAAGAGAUACACCAAGUGAAAGGUGAAGUUUCUGAGAGUUACAGUUGAGAGGGGCGAGGAUUUCUGAACAACACGGCAUGAAAUCUCAAGGGUAUUGAGGAAAAAAGGGGAAAAAAAAAUGCCAACGGUGUGGUUUGCUCUGAAGAGAUCACUGCACUGCAAGUCUGAGCCCUCAGACGUGUAUGACCCGAAAGCCAGGCGCCGCUUGAGCACAAUUCACACCAAGAAAAGUGGGAGGUCAGGUUGUUCAAGGUCCAUUGCUAAUCUCAAAGAUGUCAUUCACGGCAGCAAAAGGCACAUGGACAGGCCCCCAAGCUGCAGCCCAAGGUCAAUAGGCAGCAGUGAGUUCCUCAAUCCAAUUACCCAUGAGGUCAUUCUGAGCAAUUCAAGGUGUGAGCUCAAGAUCACAGGCUUCAAUGGUGCUAAUGAUGGUGGGUCUACUUUUGUGGGUACGCUCAGGCCUGGUACCCCUGGUCCCGGAGGGCAAAGCGCCCUCCACUAUGGUCCUGCUUUUACAGGAAGCUUUGCCGCCACCCCUCCAAGAAAAUCCCCCAGCCUCCAUCUCUCCAAUAGAGAGCCCUCCAUUAAUGGUGGUGCUGCUCUUUCUGCUGCUAUUUUUAGCGGGAGCGGCUGCGUCGUGUCUACCCGGAGGUUUUCUCUGGACUCCGAAGCUCAAGCAUGUUCCAGUAUUGCGUGCCACAAAUGUGGCGAGCAUUUUGUGAAGUGGGAAGCUCUUGAAUCUCAUCAUCUCUCAAAACAUGCUGUUACUGAGCUGGUUGAAGGCGAUUCAUCCCGAAAGAUUGUGGAGAUAAUUUGCAGGACAAGCUGGUUGAAGUCUGAGAAUCCAUGCGGCCGAAUAGAGAGAGUCUUAAAGGUUCAUAACAUGCAAAGGACCCUUGCGCGAUUUGAAGAAUACAGGGAAUCAGUAAAGAUGAAAGCCAGCAAGCUACCAAAGAAACAUCCACGCUGCCUUGCUGAUGGAAAUGAACUGUUGAGAUUUUAUGGCACCACUCUCUCCUGUCCUCUAGGUAUGAACGGCUCGUCCAGCCUCUGCGUCUCUGAGAACUGUAGCGUCUGCCGGAUUAUCAGACAUGGGUUUUCGACGAAAAAGGAAAUGAAAGAAGGAGUUGGAGUCUUUACAACGUCCACGAGUGGAAGAGCAUACGAAUCCAUUGAAGCGUAUGAAGACAAUCCUUCAGUAAGGAAGGCCCUGCUGGUCUGCAGGGUGAUUGCAGGAAGAGUUCACAGACCACUUGAAAACAUUCUAGACGUGAGCGGCCAAUUGGGUUUUGACUCGCUUGCGGGAAAAGUGGGUCCUUAUUCAAACGUUGAGGAGCUCUACCUGCUGAAUCCCAGAGCUCUCCUGCCAUGCUUUGUGGUCAUCUGUAAAUCUUGAUGACAGACCACUCUCUGCCACAUCGUACUCUGAGUCCCCAACCAUGGCAAUCAAAGUUUUUCAGCUCUGUCGUUGUAUUCAUGUCCAUACUAAGGCAAAGUAAAGAUACUCGCUGCCUUUUCUCACUGCUUGGUCCAGCUUCUGUAGAUUAUAAUGUCAACCAUUUUCUUCCUGUCAAAAUUGACUUCCAGAUUCCAUCUUUAUCUUCUGUGCAAGAGAAUGUAUUUCUGUAGAUUAUAAUGGCAAGCACGACCGUUCUGUCAAAAUUAGUUUCUUGAUU